AUGACAGAUAUAAACUUAAGAGAGAACUUUCUCAAAUAACACAAAUUCAUCUCCAUCUUCCUAUGCUACCCAAUCAAAACUCUCAUUAGAUUCUAGCAAAAGCAUGGAACACUUUUGCAAGAUUCAUUGAAAUUAAUUUAUAAAGAAGGUGGUCUCAAACGAUUUUAUAGUGGGUUCUUUUAUAGAUAUAUUAGUAAAAGUGCGGAAUUUAUAGUGCUUCUGGAAGCUUUGAAUUCAUGGUCGAACAUUACGCAAAAUAAUGUAAAUCCAAUAAACUUGUUAUUAUCCUUUGUGAUGGCAGCUACAAUACAGUAGACUUUUGUACCAUUCAAUUCUUUGUAUUACUUUUAACAAGUUUACGGACAUACUGAUGGAAAAGAGCUUUUAUUUUAUAAAGUCAAAUAAAAUGGUGGAUUAGUUUUUUAUCAUGGAUUUUGGUCUUUUUUGUGUGGAAGCUUUUUUGGAGGUUUAGGAGCAUUUCCUGCAUUGUAAAAUUACUAAAAUUAUAAUACUCAAGAAGAAAAUAAAAAGAGUGAAUAUUCUAUGUUUUAUUUAUUUUCUGCUUUUUUAACUGCAGAAGUAAUCUCAAAUCCAUUCAAAAUCCUGGCUAUUUAAAAAUUGACUAGUAUUGAGUGCAAAUCCUACGCAUAAAUUUAACAUUAACUAAUGCAAGAACAAGGCUACCAAUGGAUUUUUCGUUCUGUGGAUACUAAACUUCUUUAUUCCUUUUUAAAAACUUUAUUUAUUGUAUAUGUCUUUGACUAUAAAAAAUUAUCAAGAGAAUUAUGA